GCUUUCUUAUCUUUACUAUUUUUUCAUUUCAAUUCAUUCUAAUUAUUAUUAUUAUUUUCUUUUCUUGCAUUUGGCGGUUUGUCUGGUGAUUUGAUUUAAACUCGGGAUUUUUAUCUGGCUAAACUCGCAAUUUUAAUAUCUUUGAAAUAACAUGUAGAGUACCAAUUGAGCACAGAUGAGGUGAAAAAAUAUUGCUUGAUCGAGAUUGAGAUGUUGUUGAGGAAAAGGUGCAGAUCACUGCGAGAUUUUGUGGGAAUGCCAAUGUCACCUGAAUCCGAUAUUCCUUCCAUUGAAGACACCAUAAUUCAUGAAGAUUUGAAGUAUGACAAAUGUGCUAUGGCUGAGACACAUGCAAAAUUAUUGAAAAACAUGAAUGAAGAGCAAAGAAGUGUCUACGAUAAAAUCAUGGAAUUUGUUGACGGGACGAGUGGAGGUGUCUUCUUUUUGUAUGGUCACGAUGGCACUGGAAAAACAUAUGUAUGGAAGACUUUAUCAGCAGCAAUAAGAUCACGAGGUCAAAUAGUGUUGAACGUUGCAUCGAGUGGGAUUGCAUCACUUCUUCUUCCUGGAGGACGUACUGCGCACUCAAGAUUUGCUAUUCCACUCAAUGUUACUGAAGACUCAACCUGCAAUAUAAAGUGUGGUAGUCCGUUGGCUAAAUUGAUUCAAAUGGCCAAGUUGAUUAUUUAGGAUGAGGCCCCUAUGAUACACAUGCAUUGCUUUGAAGCUCAAGAUAGAAGUAUGAGAGAUAUAUUUUCUUGCUCUCAUGGUGGCAAUCCAAAUUUGCCUUUUGGUGGAAAAACGAUUGUUUUUUGUGGAGACUUUAUACAAGUUUUGCCUGUCUUUCCUAAAGGCACAAGACAUGAUAUUGUUCAUGCAUCUUUGAAUGCAUCACAUUUGUG